CCAGCAAUGCGACCAACCUAUGUACUGGCAUUAGUAACGCGCCGACUACUGCGAAGCUCCAACAGCGCCGUCACUCUUCCCCGCUAUCACAAGGCGUCCACGGCAUCCAACGCUGGCGUUGUCACUUUGUACAUGGCAUCCAAACAUCAUUGCAAAUCUGGAUGCCGUGGCUUCUUGCGCCUUCGUGAGCCAGGCAACGAUUUUUGGUGUCCUCGUUGCGCACACCUUUUCCCUGAGGUAUACUAAUAUAGUGGGUCCGUCAAUUACACCCGUUUACCUUCAAACAGUUCUUGCGCAUUGCUACUGAUGAAUCUCCUUCUCCG